AUGUCAGAAGAAGAUCUCGAAGCCGUUCGGCUAGGUCAGGGUCCCGAUCUCCUAGGCGACGUCGUGAGAAAACUCGUGCAAGAUCUCGAUCUCGCAGUGGUUCCGAUCACUCAUCUCCUCGUCGGUCAAGGAGAGGUGAAGUGCGCAGAAGGAGAAGUCGAUCCGACUCCGAAUCAGCCAGAUCACCAGCACGCCGAGGACGCACGCCUCCAAGAAGGCGUGAACGAUCACCUCCUAGAAGGUUUCGGUCCCCACUGGAAAGAAGAAGAUCUUUUUCAAGAAACGGAAGAAAUGUCAGUCGCUCUCCUUCUCGUAAGCGUGACCGAAUGCAGAGUCCACGUCGUGAUCACUCCAGGGAAAGAAAUCGAUCUCGCUCAAGAUCUCCGAAGAGACGUAACACCAGACAGAGAUCCAUUUCCAAGUCGCGCUCUAGAUCACGAAGCCCUCGGGCGCCGUGACCGUCGAUUAGGUGUUUUGGAACGAGGAGCACCAGAAGUCUGGGGACUAUCACCCGAUCAGCACGAGAUUGAAAAGGCUUACCUAGCUUAUAUGGAAAGUGAAGAAACCAAGAGAAAUGAACUCGAAACAGUGGAGAAGCUGAGGGAAUCGCGUAAUCAGGAAAAGAUGUUGGAAGAAAAGAAAAGGCGAGCUGAUGUUAUGAAAGGUAGGAUGAAGAUGACUCCUCCAAUAUGGUCAAUGAUGAAGCUGAUGAAGAGCCGUCAUCUAAGGAAGGCUAAGAACAGUGAUGACGAUGAUGACGACGACAGUGAUGAAUGGGUUGAAGUCACUCAUGACAUGAGGGUGCAACAAGCAGAAAGAGAAGCUAGAGAGGAGCAGGAAAUGCCAGGACCUGCGCUGCCUGAGCAUUUACAAGCGCGUAGUCAGAUUGGGGCUACCAUCAAGGCUAACUAUGGUAAGGAUAUGCUGAAGGGAGAAGCGGCAGCUAUGGCUGCAUAUGCAGCAAGAGGAGAGCGUAUCCCGAAGAAGAGGUGA